AGGCACGAGCUGAACACUGGUCAUAAUGUUUGUCUCGAGCCUUUUCCUGGCUGUCAUAUGGGUGCCGAAUGUUUGGACUAUACAACAUGUUGCAGGCUGUGGGAAUCAACAGAUGGAGAUAGAAGGACGAUGCUGCAACUUGUGUCCUCCAGGUGAAUUUGUGAAGGCGUUCUGCACAGAGCAAGAUCAAACUGUCUGUAGCCCCUGUGACACGGGCUUCUACUCCAGUGCAUAUACCAUGUUUAGCAAGUGUGAGGAAUGCUUGUCAUGCCCACAAGAAUAUGUUGAGAAAUGUACAGCGACCGCAAACGCUAAAUGUCGGUGCCGUUCUGGUUUCCUGUGCUCCAACAAUGUCUGCUCACGCUGUGAGGAAAACAAAUGCGUCACGGGGGAGAGACCAAACAAGACGGUGACAGCCAAAUCUUUGGUAGACGGGUCGGAAGAGUACUCAUAUCACUGUGAGCCCAUCUGCCCCGAUGAUGCAUAUUAUGAGGUGAAAGACAAUGUCUGCAAGCCACGAACACAGUGCGCUAGAAAUGGACUUCCUGAGCUGUUUCCGGGUAACAAAACCCACAACUCCGUUUGUGAUAGAGGUGAGAGGCCCACAAACCAUGGAGACAUUAUUCAUGUGAUCAUUGGCAUCGGAUUUGUUCUGGUUUCUCUCACCCUCCUCAUCCUUCUGUCCUACGCCUGUAUGAAGAAACUUAUGAAGCACAAACCAAAAGAUAACUCCAUCAACGUCGUAGCGGUCUCCGCCAAUACCAGUGAGUAUCACCUGUCAAAGGAGGAGAGCGGGUGUCAGCUCAUCAUCCAGGACGAAUCAAAGCACGGCGACAGUUUGGGUCACCUGCAUCUGGAACAUGUCAGCUUGUUUUGAUAACAAGUCUAAGACGUCACGAACAGUCUGUUCAAACACAAGCUAUGUUACUGAUGUAACAGGACAAAUAGUUGUACUCAGCAUCAGAACACAUAUAUAGCAUAUAGAGAUGUCUGUUUAGGUUAUGGACACAUGUUGGUGAAUGAAAGGUACCUGGUUCCAGAUGUCCAGGUGUGAAUGUUUGUGUGUGUUUGAAAUAUUAAAUAGUUAUUUUUCUUAAAUGCAACAAAGAAAGGUGGGGUUUGAUUGUAAAGAUUAUUUUGUAAAUUUUCUGACAAAUAAAUUUCUAUUUUUUAGUGUUCCAAAGAUUCUCAACUCUUUUUUUUUUUCUUUUGGUCAUCAGAUAAUGAUAAUUAGGGGCAGCUGUCGUAGGUGGAUUGGUGGUUCAGUCUGUCCACCCACCACACACAUCCUCCUGACGUGAGUUCUGCUGCCAUCUAAAAACAUGGGCAUGGGUUUGAAUAAUAAACAAAAAC